AUGGAUUUGGGUCAGACGCGGCGCCCGCGCUCUCCGCCGGAGCCGUUCAACGACUUCGAGCCACGUCGCAAGUGUGCUCUCUGCUGUGGCCUUCGCUGCGCCGCCGUGGCCGGGGCAGUGGUGUUUGUCAUCACGUUUCCGUGCAACCUUGCCGUGCUGAGAGGACGCGUGUGCGACGGGCGUGGCGUGCGCGGCUUUUUGGAUCGUCAUCUCUUCUUGCCCCUCCCAAUGGCAAUGGUGUGCUUCACACACCAAGCCAUCCAGUCUGAGGCGCUAUGGAGCAAGAAUAAGAAGCAGCUCUGGGACCUCAACUGGCAGUCCGCCGGCCUUAACAUUCUUCUCUGGACGUCCAUGACACUCAUUGGGACAAUCGUUUCACGUCGAUGCGCUCCAGCUUGGAGCCGGCAGUAUCGUUUGCUCUUGUGGGAGUACCAACGUACUCGUCGCAGCUGUGCCAACAGGUACAUGCCAACGGCCUUUGGAAAGAUUACAGAGGACCUUGAUUGGUACAACCUACUCUGGACGCUCAGUCUCUAUCACGUCAUCUGGGGCAUGAUUACAGUUAUGGCAGAGCGGGAGCUCGGUGCGCACUACGCCAUGUUCUACCGCGAUUGGCCGUACAGUCGUUGGUGCUCGCCGCGAUGGAGAGAAUGGCGGGAACUGGAGGCCUUGAAAUACGUCAAUAAGGAACACGUUGUGGGAUCCUCCCGUUGGGGAUCCUUUCUUUUGAAUGACCGGUGGCGCGCCAGCAACGUCUAA